AGCGGCGGCGGCGGCGGCGAUGGCUGCGGCGGGGCCCCGGGUGCUCUGUCUCUUCGACGUGGACGGGACCCUCACGCCGGCGCGGCAGAAAAUCGAGCCAGAAGUGGACAAGUUCCUGCGGGAGCUGCGCGAGCGUGUGAAGAUUGGCGUGGUGGGAGGCUCGGACUACUCCAAGAUAGCCGAGCAGCUGGGCGAGGGUGAUGAAGUCAUCAGUAAAUUUGACUAYGUCUUUGCCGAGAAUGGUACCGUGCAGUACAAGAACGGGCAGCUGGUCUCCAAACAGGCCAUUCAGGACCACCUGGGAGAAGAGCUGCUGCAAGAUCUCAUCAACUUCUGUCUCAACUACAUGGCACUGCUGAAGCUGCCCAAGAAACGAGGGACCUUCAUUGAGUUUCGCAACGGGAUGCUGAACAUCUCCCCCAUCGGUCGGAGCUGCACCCCGGAGGAGCGAAUCGAGUUCUCCGAGUUGGACAAGAAAGAGCGGAUCCGGGAGAAGUUUGUGGCUGCUCUGCAGAGGGAGUUUGCCGGCAAAGGCCUGCGCUUCUCUCGAGGGGGCAUGAUCAGCUUCGACGUCUUCCCCGAGGGCUGGGACAAGCGCUACUGCCUCGACGUGCUUGACGACGAGCRCUUUGACACCAUCCACUUCUUUGGCAACGAGACGACCCCCGGAGGGAACGAUUAUGAAAUCUAUGAUGAUCCCCGAACAGUGGGACAUAGUGUCCAGUGCCCCCAGGACACCGUCCAGCGCUGCCGCGAGAUCUUCUUUCCAGAGAGAGCUAAUGAGUGCUGACUGGGAGAUGCCUGCAGCCCUUCUCCGCCACUCUCCUCCCCCAUGAGGAAAAGCACCUUCACUUGGGAAAUCUGCUCAGGGUAGACUGGAAGGCACUUCCAGAGGCGGUGGGGAUUUAGUGUGUGAAUGCGGGUGGGCGUGCAGAAGCGGGGCUCCGUUGUUCAGCCCUUCAGCACACCCCAUCUAUGGCUGGGCAAGAGAGAGGCCCAGUCUCCAGAAAAACUCUUCUAGUCUAGGCCUGGGUGGGAGGCAAUAGCUGCUUUCUUGAUCUGAGAGCAUUUGAAAUGGUUAGUCAUGACAGUGUGCGUGUCCCUCUCUUGCUCCCUCCCCCUUUUCUCUUCUUGCUCGCUCUGCUUGGCUUAACAUUGCUGCACAAGGGAAUGUGCAUCUCGCAUCUCUCUCCCUCUUUCCCUUUGACAGGGAGGACGGCUGUGCUCGGGCUCCAGGCACUCUCUGGGGAAGCAAGGUGCAGUUUGCUCCAAGCCCCUGGUAGGAAGGGACAGCAGCCACCCCAGCUUGUUGCAGUGACAUCCUAGCAGAGAGGGACAAGGUGUCCGCAUUGUCCCAAGCCAUCGGGGCCUGUGUGCAUCCCUCACCUCAGCUCCACGCAGGGACAGUCCUUACACUGGCCUAGGAAUUGAUUUUUUUUUUAAAUGGCUGUGCUCCUACUCUGGGUUUUGCUCAGGUGCCUGAAGAAACUGGUGAACCUCAUGGCAGAAGAGUGGCUGCAGUGGGCUUCAUGUCCUGCAGAAGCUGCCAAGGCUGCCAGCUGCACUGGCUGGAGGACCCCAGGUGUUUGGUGAGCGUAGGGCACUUUAUGGGAAGACAGGGCAGACACCAGCAGUCUUCUCACCCACACACAUGUUGUUCAGGCGUUGGAGCCUCUGAUGUGCCAGUUCCCAACCUAUCCAAGGUAUCCGUAACAGAGACUAAUCUCCUUCCUUUCCUGUUAUGUCCUUCUCCAAGAUGUCUUCAGAGAUGACCAGUAGAGCCCAGGACUGGUUCCUAGUGCCAGUGGAUAUAUGUACUUCAGCAGUACCGUCCAAACCUGCCUUUCCCACUACCCCUUCCCUACCCUCUCACUUCACACGGCCGGCCGCCUUUAGGGUGGCAGUGAUUCAGAGUGUCUCUCACAUGUCCUCAUCUCCUUUCUUCUUCUGGGUCUUCAUGCGUGGCAAAGCUAAACCUCUCAGUGUCCUCCCCCUCACACUGCCCUGGCUGUCACGCUGGGGUGGCCCUCGUCACAGCUCGGUGCUCAGCGAGACACUUGGGGACCCUCGCCAGGGAGGUGCCCUCCKUACAGCUGCCUGGGGGACAAGUACCCGCUGUUUGUGCCCCAGAGGUUCCUGCAAAACCUCACCACGUUGGAAGCUUUUCUCACCAUGUCCCUGCCAAUGUCACUGUCCCCGCUGAGCUGUUACUGUCUUCUGUAUUUCCUCUUGUUCCUACUUCCCUUGCACUCCAACUGCCUCUCCCUUGUAGCCCAGUUGCUCUUUGCACCUAGUAGAUGGGCCGCAGAGAGAGAUUUCCCAGCUGGCUACCACUUAACCAAGGGACCAAGUUGCUCAGACAAGACACGUUGGUGCUUUUAGAUCUGGGRCAUGGCAGGAGCCUGAGUGGACCUYGGUACACUCGCCUGGCCACGGUCACAAGAGCAGGGUGCUGAUGGCCGGCACUGUCAGGGUGCUUUUCUUCUCCAUUUGACCCUACCUCCUAACUCCACAACCCAUCAAGUCUCUAAUGCAUCGAGUCUGCAUGAGUGCGUUGGUCUGCCAGGCAUCCAGCCAUCCCCAACGGAUGCACCCGCUCCUCCGUCCACCCAGACAAAAUUUCUGAGUGGGAGAAGAGGGCCUGUUGGAGAAGCCUGACACGUUUUUAGACCACAGACCACUGUUUUUAGCCCUCUGGGGCAACCUUCAUGGAGGAGUCAAGUUUUGUGGUUCUUCCUUUUCUGUUUAACUGUGGAUCAGGUUACAUGUGGUUUUCUUGUUUUCU